ACUUGAAAUAGGAGAAGAAUUAUCAAGACUAUUAAUAAAAUCAGCAUCAGAUAAUUUAAGAGAAAUUAGAUUAGGGGAAAUGGUUGCACAUUGUUAUGGGGUUAAAUUUUCAUUGGAAACCUUGGAUGCUUUUUUAUUAGGGUCUUUUGUACGCCUUCCUCUUUUGGCCGGUGGAUUAGUUCUCGGAGUUG